AUGGUUUCGCACGGAAGAAAAAGGAAGAACUACGAUGAUCGAGGGGACAGGAAUGAUGUGUAUGAUGGGAGUGACCGGCACGAUCGCAGUGACAGACACGACCGGCAGGACAAGGAAAUAAUUUACGACCAAAUAUAUUCCACGCCCAGGAAGAACAAGCCAAGAUGCAUGGUUGUGUCAAACUAUAAGGACAACUUAUUGAGCUACUUCCAGAGCAUUAUAAAAAUUGAAAAUAGUGCAGGAAAUUUUAUCAACAAAUGGUACAUACAUUUUUACCGAGUCUGUUUAUAUAAUGAGAAGCUGUAUGCAGGUGCAUCGGCGGCGACGGCCGACGGGGGAGGAGCUCCAGGAAGUAAUGGAAAGAACAACACAAAUGUGAGUAAAAAAAAUAUCGACAAAUUGAUCAUCGAAUACAAUGUGGAGGAAGUCCUUCGGAAGGUGCAAACUUUAGUAGUCCGAAAAUUAGAUUGCGAAAAUUUGUACUACCAGAAAAUUUUAGUAAUCGUUUGCCUCCUUUUUGACUUCUUCCAAAAUAAGAAGCACGUGAACGUAAAGACGCUGAGGCAUUUGGAAGGCGAGGAGGAAGAGGAUGAGGGGGGGGACGCGACAACCACCAGGGAAGCGGGUGCCCAAUUAGCUAAUGAACGCUCUGAAGGGGAUCACACAAAUGGGAAAAAAAACUCUCGCGUGAAGGAGUCAAAGAAGAGGUCGAGAACGACAUCUGUAGCUGCCAACUCGUCCAAUUACGGAGAUGAUGAUUAUGAUGAAAUAACGAGCAAUCGGAGAGGAAGCAGCAAGUAUGAAGAAGAAACAGAAAUAGACGUAAGGAAGAAAAAACACUUGAGACAAAGAAAUUUCCAAAAUGAUGAAAGUCAAAAAAAUUACUAUAUCAUAGAAUUUAAAAACUUACUUUUUAAUGAAAAAAAAAAGUUUAACAAUAUAGAAAUAUUUUAUCACAUCACCAACUUCAUUAUACACAAAUAUUGGUACUCAUCUGAAUAUGCGAGGUAUAACGUAUUUGUUUGGUUUUUAAAUUACCUAAAUAAUAAAUUGGAGAUAAAAAAAAGUAUUAACAAGAUAAAUGAGCAGCUGGAAAUGUUCAUCAAUUUGCAUCCCAAGAUUUUUAAUAUUUCCCAUGCGAAGAAGAGGAGGAAGAAAAACACUCACCAUAGGAGUGCCAGCAAUAGCAGUUAUCAUAUGGCUGCCGCGGCAACGGGUACCUCCACUUCCAACCACAACAGCGGUGAUCAUCACUUUGAAAAUGGCGUCUUAGAUUAUCCCAAUCUUAAAAAUAGGAAUAGACAGCUGGGGGGAGGAUUCCCGGAUGCGACUAAUAUGGACAAUAAAAACAAAGCUUCAAAUCUAGAAAAUAUGAGCAAGGUUAACACAUUCACUCAUUUCGGAAGUUCCACCAAUGUGGGUAACUCAGGAGGUGUUGGCAGCACUGGCUUUUUUGGUGCUACGAGUAGCAGUGCUGCCCUUGGCGGCAUGCAAAUCUCGACCCCAAACGUGGCUCCCUCGCCCGGCAACAACGUCAGCAGCAGCAACCCAUUCAAAGGCUUUAACCAAAGCAACAACAUAUUUAGUAGCAACAAAGGUAAUGAAAGCAGCCUAUUCAGGAAGAGCAGCAACACCAACCCGUCCAUCGGCAGCACAUCUGCGGCAACGUCCCUCUUUGGAGGUUCUCUAAACAGUAAUUCUAGCAUGCACCCCUCCGGUAAUAGCCUCUUGCCCAAGUUUAACAACGCCUUUUCUGGAGGUCUGAACGUGCAAGGUAACUCCAGCACCACAGGCUCGAACCCUAGCGGGAACAACCCCCUCUCAGGGAGCCUAUUUGGAAUGAAGAACAGCCUAACUAGCAAUAACAGCUUUGGCAAUCAAAACAGUAGCUCUCUUGGAAACAAUCUUAUGAACAAUCUGUCCAAUCAAACGAGCAACCUCUUUGAUUCGAAAAAUAAUUCCUCAUCGGAAACGACAAACGUGAACCUAUCCUCCGGCACGAACAACCGCAUCUUUGGUUUCGAGAAAAGUGCACAAAGCACUUCCCUCUUUGCAAAUGCCGCUGGGAAGAACCAAAGUCAAAGUCUCUUUCCCUUUGGCAAUAGUAGUCAAGCUGGAAAUCCGGACAAGAUGCAGUUGGGUUCCUCGUCCGCGGGUACUACCCCUAUGUCAAUUUUUGACCAGAAGAGCAAGGGAGACUCAGCUUUUUCGCCGAUCCCCGGGGGGGGUACCGCGGUUACCAAUUUGGCAGGUCCGAACAGUACGAGUAGCCUUGGGGGAGGUAGCGGUUUGGGCGCCUUGGGGGGGUUCGGACCGGGAAGCGGCGCAACUGGUGUCAGCGGCGGAAGCCUCAUGAACAGCAGCGCCUGCGUCUCGUUGAAGCCGAGCUCCGUUUUUCAGGGCACCCCUGGUGUGCAGAAGGAGGGAUUUUUUGGGAGUGGAAAGCCGAACGAGAACAUUUUCGGCGCUAGCGGUCCCGGCGGGACCUCCGGCCAGACCAACAUUUUUGGAAUGCAGGCUAGCAGCGCAGGGAAUCAUAGUCCGUUUAGCAAGCCCGCCAGCGGUGUUGGCGGUGUCGGCGGUGCUGCCGCUGGUGUCAUCGGAAGUAUUGGCGCAAGUAUCAGCGGAAGUAUUAGCGGCAGCCUCGGGCUGAAUAAUAACCCCCUCAGCGGCGCGGGCAGCUCCAUCAGCUUCGGCUCCAGUCUGUCCCAAAACCCAGGCGCGAACAUGGGCAUGGGGAAUAGUUUGUCGCAAAUAAACCCAAGUGGGUCGCACUUCCAACCGAUGAGCACCCCCACAAGUGCAAACAAUUUGGCCAACCUGUUUAAUAGCGAAAAUGGAUCGAAGGAGUUAUUCAAAGAUUUGAAGCUAUCCACAGACACGGGACAGAAAUUUAGUGUAAAUAAGAAACCACUUUUUUCGAAGAGGGUGAAAAAUAACACACUCUUAACUCCGAAUAAUAACCCAAAUGAGGGAACUAAUAUUUUCAGUUCAAACUAUGUGAAUAAAGAUAGCUUGCUGAUUAAUCAGGACAAGCCCAUGAAGGUUAUAUUUGGACAAAACAAGAGCAGCAGUGCCAUCAGUGGGAGUGCCAUCAGCGGCAGUGGAAGUGGUGGCGCUCCUGGACUCGGCCCAAGUCGGGGCAUAAAUCCUAAUGGUAGUAACAACCAAGAUAAGGCGGAUAAUCUCAUUAACCAAAGCAGCAGUCAGAUGGGAAAUAAAAUAACUUUCAAUGCACCAUCGAGUAGCAUGGGGCAGAGCAAUAAUACCAUCGCCUUUGGGAAGAGCACCAGCAAUAGCCUCUUCGGAAGCAGCAGCAAUAAUUCAUUUCAGAGCGGUACGAAUAAUCUCUUCGGAAAUAAUCAGACCAGUGGAAAUACAAACAGUAAUAACAACACCUUUGGAUGGAACCCCUUCCCCACCCCCCCUGAUGGGAACAAAAAUGAUCCUCAAAAUAACAACCCCGCUUUGAGUAUUCCCGUGAAGAAAUUAACCCUAGAGGAGAGGAAGAGGAAAACAGCCAAAAGUAAUAUGCUCUCUUUAUUUUCGAAUAACCAAAUGGGGGCCACGGAUACGAAUAAUGCGAUUAAUACUUCUUUAGGUACGUCCAUGUCGAAUGGUUUGCUUGGCAAUAAAACUUCCAGUAGCGUCACUCCGUUCAGUUUUAACACCCCUUCGAUGGAUAACGUCUCCAAGGGGGGAACAACCUCUGGCCCCACUGCCGCUACCGAUGCGCCCAGUGGUACCUUCCUUUUUGGACAAAACAGAGGAAACGGAAGUAACAGUAUCUCACUUGACACCUCGAAGACAACGUGGGGCGACAAAAAAGGAUCUAUCUUUGGCUCCGCCACUUCUGCCUCGAACACGGGAAGUGGUGCCGUCGAGGACCCUGCGAACAAGGAAGGAAAUGGAGAUAAUACCACCUCAUCCACGCCCUCAACGAACACCAUCAGCGGUAAUAACCCAAAUGAGAAAAGCAGCUUCCAGGGAGGAAUGAAAAGCAGUUUAUUCCCAUUCGGCGAAAAUAAGGGGGGUGAAAAUAACAGCGCAGCAACAGACAAGGAAAAACCCCAAAGUGGCAUAUUCGCUUUUGGAACUGGAGGUGUAAAGAGCGAGCAGAAGGAGGACCCAAAAGGGGAGGAUAAAAACGACCUGUCGGAGAAGGACAAAGGAGGUGAAGAAAAAUUGUCAAGCAAAAAUGAAAAAGAGAAUUUUCAAGUUUUUGGUAGUGCAUUUUUAUCUAGCAUAAAUGGACAAAAUAAAGAUGCGAAUGUUAAAGGACCUGAUUCCGUUCCUUCCCCUUUCGGUUUUGGCAAUACAAAAACAGAAGAAAAUAAAACGAGCUCGUCUCCCUUCACAUUUUCAUCGAAUAAAGAAGACAGAACGUCGACUCCCAUUUUUGGCCUUCCCAGCAAAAAGUCGUCCUUUAACGAAAUGCACACAAGUGAGGAGAAGAGCAAAAUGUCCAUUUUUUCCAUCGCUGGGGACAGCAAGCAAAAGGAUGUUGUCGCGACGCAGUCCGAGAGCUCCGAUGUAUUUAAGUUCAGCCUCGCCGGGGUUGACACGGACGGUAACGCGGUGGGUGCGAAUGUGGGCGGCCCAAAGAUUAGCGACCACAUAAACUACGACGAUGUGAAGAACAGGAAGAGACGGAGGAACGUGGACUUGAACAACCAGGAUGAAGCGGGUGGAGCGGCCAAGUCCAAGGGGAGAGAUUUCACCGAUGAGACAAAUCAGUGGGGGGGUGACAACUCGGAGAGGAAAGGACACCGUGGAAGCCACUUGGGUGAUGAAAAAGAAGAUGAAUUAAACACCGACAGCUUGUUCUUCAAAAAGAGCAAAUUGGGCAGCGCACUAAGUGAUACGAAAAAUAUUUUAAACACAUUAAAAUUUGACAACAUUCCAAGUAAGGAUAUCCUAAGUGCGUCCCUUAAUGAGAGGAGUAUAAGUGCCCCAUAUAACAGCUUAAUCGAGACUGGAGUUCUCAAUGCUAAUGCUUCAUUAUGGGAUAGCAAAGAGGUGGGGGGCAAUCCUACAAAGGAUAAAACUGGGAAUGGUAUCGACUCCAGUGGGAUUUUCUCCCCCACAGGAGAGGAAACUCAAUUUGGCCUCCGAACUAGCCUCAGUAAUCAGCAAACAGCCGAGAGGAACAACACGAUUGGUGGCCCAGCACAUUUUAAACAGCAGAGUGGGCCGAACCAUGGUAGCAUGGAUGAAUCGAAUUUCCCAUUUGUGACUCGUGAGGGGAACAACCUCCUAGACGACCAAGCCAAGAGAAUAGCGAAACAGAAAGCAGAAGAACUGACCACUCUGGAAAGAUUAAAAAUGAAUAACUACCUAAUGAAUUCGAAAAACGACAAGAACGAAAAUCACGAUGGAAGCAGUGACGUGGAUGAUGAUGGAAAGGCAAUAAAAAAUGCGAAGAAGGACCACUUAGUUACAGACAAAAAAAGCGUAGAUCGAAUUGUAGCCUAUAACAAAAAAAUAUCAUUCGAUGAUAUAGAAGUGGAUUUAGACAAAGACAUCAUCGAUUUGAAUGACCUCAGACAAAACCUAUUUCUGUGUGUUUUAAAUUUUCACCUCAACUACUGGGCAGAGAAAGUUAUCCUCUUCUACCCACACAACGAAAAAAUUAAUAAAUUCUGUAACCGCAUUAUGAAGAUAAAGAACCAAUUUGAUGAAACGUACAAUUUUAACUUAUUUGAGGAGAUCCACAUGUUAUCGAAAAAAAUGCUGAAAAGGUUAGACCGUAACUGCUGCAUCUACGAAAGUGUGCUGUUCCUUUCGGCCGAAAAUUUAUACGUCCUAAAGAAUGCCAAGCUGUCUCUCUUCGAAGCCUUCAACAUAUAUCACUUUUGGUUUCAAAAAAAUAGCCUCGACGUGAAAAAAAACUUCCAAAAUUUUAUGUACACGAAUAAAAUUUAUCCCUCCUACCUUAACUACUAUAUGAACCUUUAUAAAAACCACAAGUCGUUUAAUUAUAAGUACACACAAGGGGGGGGCGAGACGGAGGGGAAUAGCAAGGUCAGUCGAAAGGAGAAGAAGCAUCUAGACCGGGAGAGGGACAGUGCGAACAAUUCGGAUGAUCAGGAGAGGGGCAGUGAAACCAAUUCUGAUGACCAUGAGAGGGACAGCGCAACAAAUUCGGAUGAUCACAAGAGGGACAGUGUAACCAAUUCAACGGACCAGGAGGAGCCGAACGGUAGUGCCGACUUCUCGGGCAGCUGGGGACGCCCCCGGGACGAUGAACCGACUAGCAGGGGGGAGGCGGACAUGGAAGGAAGCGACGUAGGAAGUGAGCGCCGAAGUAGCCCCCGAAGUAGUCGUGGAAGUAGCCCCCGAAGUAGUCGUGGAAGUAGCCCCCAAAGUAGUCGUGGGAGUAGCCCCCAAAGUAGUCGUGGGAGUAGCCCCAGAAGUGGGCGCGGAAGCGAUCGUGAGAGGCUCUCGAGAAGGAGGAGCAAGGCCAGAAAGAGGAGCGCCGAGCGCAAGGAGAACAGCCUGAUAGAAAUCCUCGACUCGAACAGCAGCGACGUGUCGGACGUGAUGGACAACAGCAACAAAGAGGAGCCCCUCAAUGUGCACAUCAAAGAAAAGUACCUCUACCUAUCCAAGGGCAAAGGAAAGGCCAGAAAAAACAAACUAUUCCUCCCGUCACACAUAAGAGUUAAAAAACUCAGUGCAUGCGAGUGCAUACUACUGGAACUUAUCCUCAAGAGGGACAUACUGAACGUUUUAAAAAAGUACAAAAUUUUUAAAACAGAAAAAUAUGAAUAUCUCUAUAUUAACCUCAUAGCAAUGCUGAAGCAUUAUAAUUAUUUCUCCAUAGAGAGGGAGAAUGAAAUAAGUAAAAGUUCGACCUCCACUAGCGCAACGGUGAGUGGGGAAGUCGCUGGAGGGACAUCUCUCUCCACUUUGGGACAGAACAAAACGAACAGCCAAUUGAAGAAGCUAACGAACCAUCUGCGCACAAAUUGUCUGAACACAAAAAGUGAUAAAAUUAAUAUUCUGAAAAAGAUAUGUGACAAAAAAUUACUGUACUAUAUAAAUAUGCAGUUAAAAAAUAUUACCCAUUUGAUAAGCUUCAACGAAAUGGAGAUCGCUUGUGUGUAUUUGAAUCAUAUCAAGAAUAAUCUGUACGUCAUGUUUCAGAUGCCCAUUCUGCUAUACAACACGCUCUUCGACCGAAUCAUUACCUCCUACAAUGACUACAUUGUGAUGGAGAACUUUUUCAAUAACUCCUGCUUGUAUAAUGACUUUCGAUAUGAAAAUAUUUUCAAGACUAAGGUUGCGUAUAUGCUCAUGAAGAAAUUUUUCCAGGCGGAUGACACGGAGAAUUGCAUUCGAUUUGCCCUGUAUUUUGAGAACAUUCGAACGAAGGCACCUCGAAAUAAUAUUUACAAUGAUUAUAUUUUUCAUAAGAAUCUGGUGAAUGCCUAUAUUAAGGUGCAUGAAGACAUCGUGCCGGAGGAGUGGAUCCAGGCGCAGACUUCCAACAACAGCGAGCUGAGUGAUCUGCAUGAUUCGGAAUACCUCGACUAUUACUCCUUCUUCUUCAAGGACAUUUCGAAGUAUAUAAAAUUUCACAUCAUGCAGAAGAUUGUCUCCGGCAACAUAUUCAGCCUGCGCAGGAGGGACUACACGAACGCGGAGGAGGGCCGCGCUGUUGUGGGGAGCGCUAUGACUGGCGGUUUGGGUAGUGAUGUCGGUAGCGGUGUGACUGACGCCGUGCCUGCCGAUGUGACUAACCAACUGGCCGCUGUCCCCGCUGCCCAGGCAAGUGAACUAACCAGCGGAGCGAACGCCCCCACCCGGGAGGCCACCACCGCCUCCCCCAAUCCCUGCGAAGACAACUUCGCGUGCUACUUCGUCUACAUGGUGAACCGUUCCAUCCUGGAUGACCUCGUCAACCUGUACGCGUCCAAGGGCGACUAUUUCUACAAGAGAAUCUCAGCCACGCUCAUCAACAGCUCCUUUGUAAAGGAAUACGAAAAGACGCACAACAAACAUUUCCACAUGCACGUACAGGUAGCCAACAUAAACCAUUUCAUGAAAACGAAUUUUUUUGAAUACAUAAACUUUUUCAAAAAAAAAGAACUCUAUCACAUCGAUAAGACAAAGAAUGAAGAUGAAAUUAUGCAGAACCUAGUUAACGUUAUAAAAGGAAAUGGAAAAAAAAUCCUUGUCGUGAUUAACAUGCUCGUUGAAAUUAUCACCAAAAUGGAAAAAAAAAUUUUGAAAAAUGUCAACAUAUUUAUUACGAUAAAUUUGAGGAACUUAAUUAUUGACACGUUUUACCUCUUCAAGUACAUUUUCAACAAUAAGGAAUUUUCGCUUCACUUAGUGGAGGACCUGUACAGAAAUGCCGUAACGUUUAAUGACCUCAUUAAUUCCACUUUCUCGGACGACGUGCACUAUUACCCCAAGGAACAAAUAAAGGAGCUUUACACUUACAUCCGCCACAAGUUUACUAACCAGAAUUUGAUCGCCUGA